CCAGACUGUCAUCUGCAGGUCACCACCAUGCCCGCUGAUUCUGCUGACGGUCCCGGACAGCACCAAUGAGAUAAUGUCAUUCCAGAGAGAUCCGAGCUAAAGCCCCCCUUUCUGUGGGACAGGUAUAUAUAGACGGGACGGCGGGAGUGGUGGGUCACUCGCCACCGGGGCUCAUCUUCUAUCCUGCUGCCUCCGUCUUUCCACGCUCUCCUUCUCGCUCGCUCGCUCACUCCUCACAAGCCUGAAUUCUGUCCCAAACCGCCGUGAUCCCUGAGCCCAAGCCCAGCCAGACACUAUGGAUAUAGCGAUCCAGCACCCCUGGUUCAGACGCGGCCCGGGACCCCUGUACCCCACCCGCCUCUUCGACCAGUUCUUCGGGGAGGGCAUGUUCGAUUAUGACUGCUUCCCCUACAUGGCCCCCACCAUCAGCCCUUACUACAGACAGACUCUCUUCCGGAACUUUCUGGAAUCCUCCAACUCCGGCAUCUCUGAGGUGAGGUCCGACAGGGACAAGUUCACUGUUCACCUGGACGUGAAGCACUUUUCCCCCGAUGAGCUCAGUGUCAAGGUGGUGGAUGACUAUGUUGAGAUCCAGGGCAAACAUGGAGAGAGACAGGAUGACCACGGCUACAUCUCCCGUGAGUUCCAUCGCCGUUACCGCAUGCCCUCGAGUGUGGACCAGUUGGCCGUCAUCUGCACGCUGUCCUCCGACGGCCUCCUGACCUUCUGCGGACCCAAGGUCUCCACGGGAACGGACUCCAACCGCAGUGACCGCAAUGUCCCAGUCACCCGUGAGGACAAGGCCAACCCCGCUCCGCCUUCCUCUUAA